GCUCAACUGAAUCACCGGCCCAGCACGGCAUCCGCUCCGCUGCGCAUUGCACGGCGGCGCAGACAGAAGAGCCACUGGGCGACGGCGCCGGCGGGCCAGCGACUGCCGGCGAGAGAGGGAGAUGAAGACGGUCAGCCUCGGCGCCUCCAGGCCCUCCAGCGUCAACUUCCGCAUGCCGACGAGAGACAACCUGGUUCCGAUACGCGUCGACGUCGAGGUGGACGGCCAGCGCUACAGGGACGCCUUCACCUGGAACCCGCGAGAUCCCGACUCGGAGAUCAUCACCUUCGCCAAGAGGACGGCCAAGGACCUUAAGCUGCCGGCAAAUUUCGUCCCCCAGAUGCUGCAGUCCAUCCAGGGGCAACUGGCGGAGUUCCGCUCUUACGAGGGGCAGGAGAUGCAGAUCAAGGAGAAGAUUGUGCCUCUUAAGCUUGACCUCCGAGUGAACAACACUGUAAUUAGAGACCAAUUCUUGUGGGAUAUAGGCAACCUAGAUAGUGACCCUGAGGAAUUCGCAAGGACGCUAUGUGACGAUUUGAACAUCACGGAUCCUGAAGUUGGGCCUGCAAUAGCAGUUUCCAUCCGUGAGCAGCUUUAUGAGAUUGCUAAUCAGAGCGUCUCUGUUAUGAGAGAGAAGCAAUUGUCAAAGAAGGGAAGGCGAGCGCCGGAAUUUUCUUCAAAUAGUAAAGCCAUGAACAAUGCAGUGGACUUGUUCAAGUAUUUCGGCAGCAAAGGAAGCGUCAUUCGGAAAAGGAAGGAAUGGUACCUGUAUGAGCCUGUUGUAGAUGUUGUACCUAAUGCGGAAGCUGGAGUUGUUGAUGGAAAAGAGGAGCUUAAUCCUAGCUCUAGGCCGAAGAAGAGGUUGGAAGAAGUGAAAGAUGCAAGUCUUCAAUCCCUCUGAUUCGGAUGUAGAAUUCGACUUAAGAAGAUUGUUGAACAAGCUGCUGAUUGUUGUACCCUAUUGCCGUGGUGAAUGCUGCCUGGCAAUUGGUCUUAGGAUAUCGAUUGUUGUAGACUACUACUACUUCAGUCAUGAGCAUUAUGUAUGCUGUGUAAGUGAGAGGGUUUCUCGGUUGCGAACA